GAGCUGAAAUAACGUUCGUCUUUUGCAGAUAUCUUCGUACCAACGCCAGACAACUUGUUGGUUAACUUGAAUGAAAGCAAAGAGUUAAUUCAAGAUUUGCUGAGGACUUUACCACAAAUGUUUAGCAAUACGUUGGAGACUCAGAGUGCCCUUGGUCCUGCAUUACAAGCUGCGUUCAAGUUGAUGUCUCCUACUGGUGGUCGUGCCUCUGUCUUCCAAACACAAUUACCUUCAUUAGGCGUAGGUGCUUUAAAGUCAAGGGAGGAUCCCAACCAGAGAUCCAGCUUAAAGGAUGUUCAGCACCUUUCUCCAGCGAUUGAUUUCUAUAAGAAGCUUGCCCUGGACUGUUCAGGACAGCAGAUAGCAGUGGACCUCUUCAUGCUGAAUGGUCAAUACUCUGAUUUAGCAUCGCUAACUUGUAUUUCAAAGUACUCGGCUGGUUGCAUUUACUCUUAUCCAUCUUAUCAUCACAAACACAAUCCUGUCCUGGUGGAGAAGUUUGAGAAAGACCUGAAGCGUUACUUGACUAGAAAGAUUGGUUUUGAAGCAGUGAUGAGGAUACGGUGCACUAAAGGUCUUGCUAUCCAUACUUUCCAUGGAAACUUCUUUGUGCGUUCUACAGACUUGCUGUCCUUGCCGAAUAUAAAUCCUGAUGCAGGGUUUGCAGUGCAGAUGUCAAUAGAGGAGAAUCUGGUAGAUGUGCAGCUUGUCUCAUUUCAAGCUGCUCUAUUAUAUACUUCAAGUAAAGGUGAACGUCGCAUUCGUGUUCAUACCAUGUGUCUACCUGUUGUGAACUCCCUGUCAGACAUCUAUGCAGGAGCUGAUGUUCAGGCUGUAACGUGUCUGCUGGCCAGCAUGGCUGUUGAUCGAUCAAUUUCAUCAAGUUUGAGUGAUGCAAGAGACGCUCUGGUUAAUGCUGUGAUUGAUUCGCUUUCUACUUAUCGUACUUCAGUUUUAAGCCAACAACAGCAGCAACAGCCAGGUGUAAUGGCUCCCUCUUCAUUGCGGUUGUUUCCCCUCUAUGUGCUAGCCCUACUGAAACAGAAAGCUUUCAGAACUGGAACUAGUACAAGACUAGAUGACCGAGUGUUUUCCAUGUGUGAAGUUAAAUACCAGCCUGUGUCUUACCUCAUGCUUAUGAUUCAUCCAAAUCUGUACAGGAUUGACAAUCUGUCAGAUGAGGGAUCCAUUAACAUUAAUGAUAAAACCAUACCUCAGCCACCAAUUCUCCAGCUGUCUGUGGAGAAACUAAGCAGGGAUGGUGCCUUCUUAAUGGAUGCUGGCACUGCUCUCUAUCUUUGGGUUGGAAAGAAAUGUUGUCCAAACUUUGUGAGCGAAGUUCUUGGUGCUUCCAGUUACCUUUCCAUACCACAAAACAUGAUACAGCUUCCAGAGCUGGACACUGCUGAAUCUAAGCGAACUAGAACUUUCGUCUCCUGGUUACGAGAGCAAAGACCAUUUUUUCCUGUACUCUAUGUAAUUAAGGAUGAAAGUCCUCUUAAGGCCGGCUUCCUACAGAACAUGGUUGAAGAUCGGACAGAGUCAGCAUUGUCUUAUUAUGAAUUCCUACUUCACAUACAACAGCAAGUGAACAAAUGAUCCACAAAAGAAGUGCAAGCUUCUGCUGGGUGGAGACAGCUCAUAUUGGUACAAGGGUACCAGUAUUUAUAUAUGCUUAAUAAGAAAAUUAAAUAUUGGUAUCCUUGUAAAUCAAGCAUAUUCUAGCUUGCAUUGAGCCAAUCUACAAUUUCCACACAGUAUGGAAACUUUUAAUGGGUUGGAUGAAAAGAAAUUAUAAAUAGAAUGAAGCCAUUUUAUGUUAAAUCUAGCUGCAUACAGUUGUGAAAACCUAGGUGUACCAGUUCUGUUCAUAAGAUUUUGGAUUUCUACCUUUUGGGAGUUUGGGCUGUUUUAAAUGUCACACACUGGUGUAAGCAUGGUUCAAAUAUUCUGUAGUAAAAGCUGUGGAAACUAGAAGAAAUCAUCACUGUCGAGUUUGAUGUAAACUUUUGAUUUCAAAUCAAGCAAUGGUUCAACUUGUCCUCCUCCUUUCUCCUGCCCUCCAAAGAAGAGAGCACUACAAGAAAUGCUUGUAAAGGAUACACAAUGUAACAGUGACGUUUUAUCACUAUUUCGGUACAUGUGGUCUUUACACCUGGCAAUUUAGAAAGAUAGGACAGACUUGAAGUCAUUGUUUGUAAUCUUAUAUGCUGAUAGAGCCGUUUUUAGAUUCUGGUCUUGUCACCUGUAAUUGCUUCUCCUGUAUCAUUGUACCUGGUCUUGAAUCAGCUAAAUAUGACCAUGUUCAAUGUAACAUUAUCUUAAAUUUGCUAUAUUUUUCUAGUUUUUCCUUUUUUACUAGGAAAAUACAGAUUUAUGCAAAAGUGACUUAUUUAUGUAAUUCACAACAUAUGGUAAAAUGUGAUUUAUAUUGUUGCUGUAUUGCUAAUAUUACCACACCUUUGUGCUUGGAGUAUCAUGUGCAUCACCUUUUUUAAAUUUGUCUUGAUAUUUAAGUUUGAAUGAUUCUAAUAUGCUAAUAGGCAGAGUCUGUAACAUUGCCUGCCAUGUCUGAUAUUUCUACUUGAAGAAAACAAAAACUUUUGAAAUCAUUGGGACAUAUGUAUUUUACAGACAUGCUUUUUAAUACAGAAUUGUUUAAAUUAGUGAACAAGUUGAUGCUGCAAAACCUGCUGUAACAGUAUCUGGGACCACAAAUAUUCAUUUGAAAGUCCAUACACUAUGAAAUGUAAUCUGUAAAUAGUAAAUUGCAUUUUGUAAAGUAGUGUAUAAAAUUGUAACAAAUUAAAUCCUAAUCCUCUUAAAAGUUUCUAA